AUGCACCGCAUGAAGCGUGCCGGCAAGUGGGCUGGGGCUGCCUGUGCGCUGGCAACGGUCGCAGAACUAUCCCGAACUUGGGUCUCGUCACGGAGGCGCCCAUCGGUCGCCAUGUUUGCCUCAGCAGAAGAGGCGCCGCAGCCACGAAUGGCCAAAGACAAGCCAUAUGCAGAUGCAGUGAUGGCUGCCUGGCAGGCAGACCCUUCGUUGCAGGAUAGCGCAUCCGUUGUCCUCGAACCGUUCGUGUACGAAGACGAGGUUGGCGCUCGCCGGCUUUAUGGACGGGUGGUGAAGCCCGCCCAGCCGAAUGGCGCUGGAGUGGUCAUUGUGCAUACAGCAGUUGGUCCGCGUGAUGUGUACCUGCAUUGGCGAGCGGAAGUUCUUGCUGCCGGCGGUUACACGGUGUUGGUUGCCGAUUUGCUGGGCGACGAGCUGGGCCGUGGAUGGGAGCCCGAAUGGGGCGCUGCUGCACGCCAGCCGCUGAUGGACGACCGUAGUCUCAGCCGGAAGAGGAUGCGCGCCUCUGUCCAAGCCAUGUCCGAAGUUGAAGGUGUCGAUCCACAACGUAUCGGUGCCAUUGGUUACUGCUUCGGUGGCCGUGCUGUUCUGGAUUUGGCCCGUUUGGGCCCUGCAUCCGGAGUUGCAGCCGUGGCUUCCUUCCACGGCAUACUUGAUGACGGCGUGCUGCCUCCAGAAGAUAUGUCGGACAAAGAUGCGCCGCGUGUGUUGGUUUGCCACGGCGAUGCCGACCCCUUUGUCAGCGCAGACGGACGGGCCGCGUUCGAACAACAGAUGCGGUCCGCCAAUGCCCGGUGGGACAUGCUGGUCUUCGGUGGGGUGCGGCACGGCUUCACAAACCCUGCGCAGGAUUUGAAUCCGAAUCCAGCCUUUGGUUAUUCCCCAAGAGCAGCUGCGAGGUCCUGGAGGGCAAUGGAGGAGCUAUUCGCAGAAACGUUGCACGAGUGA